GGCCCUUGGCACAAGUCGUUGUGAACCUUGUCUUCCUCCACGGACGAUAAAUGAGGGAUUCGCACCAGUUGCGUGAACUGAUCAUGCUUCCUCUGUAAUCCCCAACUUCAGCUGGAAGCCAGCUUCCCUCAAUUUUUCUCCAUGCGUCGUCUACUCCACCCAUACGCACUCUGCCUUCUCCUGCUGCUUCUCCAUGCUUCCAAAGCGAAGACUCGGGCUGAGGAUCUCGAUGGGGAGGAGAAAGAGGAGUUUAUCAAGGAUUGCCAGACUAAUUCCGCCUGCGGGGGAAUAGACGUCAGAUAUCCCUUCCGCCUGAACUCGAGUACGACUCCUGAGUACUGCGGCGCUCGGGGCUUGGAUGUCUCGUGUUCCGCUGCCGGUGACGCCAUCAUCACGCUUCCUCGUUUAGGGCUCUGCAAGAUCGUCAACUUGGACACUCCUUUUAGAAUUGAGUUAUUAGGGGACGAAUGGGCUCAGUGUCCACUGCGAAAGCUCAGCUCCACCAAUCUCACAGGCUCGAUUUACAAAGACGACGACUACUCCUACAUCAGCUAUAUGCUGGUGAACUGCUCGAGUGAAAUAGAAACAGAUCCGGAUUGGAUUACGGGACCCAUUCCGUGCCUUAGCGAUGGGGGUGAAGGGCAGUGGGUUUAUGCAGCGAAUGCUUGGUCUUCCAUGGACCUGCUCCCGUCAGGAUGCAUGGGCACUGGAAUCGGUGGUUGGAUCGGAUAUUCAGACGGACGGACGUUUCGAGAUCGGGUUCAGCGAUUCAUUCGAACGCGACAGAUGGAUUUAAAUCUUAAUAUUUCGGAAUGGGAGAACUGCGAAUUCUGCUAUAGCGAAGGAAAAGAAUGUGCAUUUAGCCGCAGAAUAAACCAAACUGUCUGCUUAACGAGGGCGAACCACCAUGGAAAAAACAUCGGGCUCAUAGUUGGAGGAAGCAUAGGUGGCUCUGUAAUUGUGUUAGCAUCUCUUAUUAUAGUAUACAUUAUAAGGAAGUCCGAGAAGGAUCAAGAAAUUCGUUUCAAAGUAGAACAGUUUCUAGCGACAUAUGGUGAUGCAAAACCGACUCGAUACUCUUUUGCCGAUAUUAAAAAGAUCACAAUGAGGUUCAAGAAUAAGUUGGGGCAAGGUGGCUAUGGAAGUGUGUACAAAGGGGAGCUAUCGAACGGUAUUCCUGUUGCAGUUAAGAUGCUCGAGAGUUCAAAAGGGGAAGGCCAAGAAUUCAUAAAUGAAGUGGCAACCAUCGGAAGGAUUCAUCAUAUUAACAUUACUCGCUUGUUGGGAUUUUGCUCGGAACGAUCAACUCGUGCUCUCAUCUACGAGUUCAUGCCAAAUGAGUCAUUGGAGAAGUAUAUUUUCUCAAGGCAAGACAAAGGAAGCAACAAACAGCUGAGCAUGGAUAAAUUGUUGAACAUUGCCAUAGGCAUUGCUCGAGGCAUCGAGUACUUACAUCAGGGAUGUGAACAACGGAUUUUGCAUUUUGAUAUUAAGCCGCAUAACAUUCUAUUGGAUCACGAUUUAAAUCCAAAGAUUUCAGACUUUGGACUAGCAAAACUUUGCUCAAGGGAGAUUAGUAUUGUCACUAUGACUGCUGCAAGAGGUACAAUGGGAUAUAUUGCUCCUGAAAUGUAUUGUAGGAAUUUCGGGACUGUGUCGUAUAAAUCUGAUGUCUAUAGUUUUGGCAUGUUGCUGUUGGAGAUGAUAGGAGGCCGAAAAAAUCAUGAUCCUGAAAUAGGAAGGGAGAGUGAGAUUUAUUAUCCAGAAUGGGUGUAUGAUCGACUAGUUGAAAGACAAGACUUGGAAUUGACGAUGGAGAUGGAACAAAAAGAUGGAGAAAUAUUAAAGAAACUCUCUAAGGUGGCUUUAUGGUGUAUUCAAUGGAGUCCAACUGAAAGACCUACCAUGACUAGAGUUCUUCAUAUGCUUAUAGGGAGUUCAGAGGAAGUGCCGAUGCCUCCUAAGCCAUUUGUCUCCAACGCUCAUCCAGAUUAUCCUAAUUAAUAAAUAUGUCAAAUAUGCAAGUUCUCUCAUUUUUAUCUAAGUUGUAAGUGACUUAUAGUAAACCCAUGGAAUUUGAUUAUGUCAAAUAUAUUAUAUGUUGAAGUAGAGGAAAGAAUUGGACAAGAAGCCAAUUCUUUAUUUGCCUUUUCUAUCCUUGUACAUAAAGCAUAAUAAUAUGGCUUAUUUAAACUA